GUAAUAUUAAGAAAUACAGUAGCAUUUUGAUAGAUUUGAUCAAAUACUAAGGAGGAAUGGCUUCAACUGUCGAAUCGUCUUCUUCAUCUUCAACAAAGGCUCGUGGCCGUUUGGCUGUGCUUUCAGCUCAUUUAGCAUCGAUUUCAAUUGGCUCUAACGACGACCCUUUCCUGGAGCCAUGGUGUCUCUCGGCACAGUCGACUGUUGCUCCACCGCCUAAUCUCAAGGGCGAGUUGACUGUUGUUGACGAAAGAACCGGCAAGAGUUAUCGAAUUAACGUAUCCAAAGAAGGCACUGUCAAAGCGACUGACUUUAAAAAGAUCACUUCAGGGAAGAAUGACAAAGGAUUGAAGCUGUAUGAUCCAGGAUACUUAAACACGGCACCUGUACGGUCCUCAAUUUGUUAUAUCGAUGGAGACGAGGGUAUUUUGAGAUACAGAGGUUAUCCUAUUGAGGAAUUGGCUGAAUCUAGUACUUUCGUCGAAGUUGCUUAUCUUUUGAUGUAUGGGAAUUUGCCUUCUCAAAGUCAGUUGGCAGAUUGGGAGUUUGCUGUGUCUCAGCAUUCAGCUGUACCACAGGGUUUGAAGGAUAUUAUUCAGGCAAUGCCUCACGACGCACACCCGAUGGGAGUGCUUGUCAGUGCCAUGAGUGCUCUUUCUGUCUUUCAUCCUGAUGCCAAUCCUGCUCUUAGAGGCCAAGAUCUUUACAAGUCAAAACAAGUGAGAGACAAACAAGUAGCUCGUAUUCUUGGCAAGGCUCCAACUAUUGCAGCUGCAGCUUAUUUGAGGCUGGCAGGAAGGCCUCCUGUUCUGCCAUCCAGCAGCCUUUCUUAUGCAGAAAACUUCCUAUACAUGCUUGACUCUUUAGGCAAUAGAGCGUAUAAACCCAAUCCUCGACUAGCUCGUGUGCUUGAUGUUCUCUUCAUACUGCAUGCUGAACAUGAAAUGAAUUGUUCUACAGCUGCUGCUCGUCAUCUUGCGUCAAGUGGUGUUGAUGUAUAUACUGCUCUUGCUGGAGCUGUUGGUGCCCUAUAUGGUCCUCUUCAUGGUGGAGCAAAUGAGGCCGUGCUGAAGAUGCUGAAUGAAAUUGGUACUGUUGACAAUAUUCCAGAGUUCAUUGAAGGUGUGAAGAACAGAAAGAGGAAGAUGUCUGGUUUUGGGCACCGUGUAUACAAAAACUAUGAUCCCAGAGCAAAGGUCAUCAGGAAAUUAGCAGAGGAAGUAUUUUCCAUUGUUGGCCGGGAUCCUCUUAUUGAGGUAGCUGUUGCUUUGGAGAAAGCUGCACUAGCUGAUGAGUAUUUUGUUCAAAGGAAGUUAUAUCCAAAUGUUGAUUUCUAUUCUGGAUUGAUAUAUAGGGCAAUGGGAUUUCCAACAGAGUUCUUCCCUGUACUGUUUGCCAUCCCCCGCAUGGCUGGCUACUUAGCUCACUGGAGAGAGUCCCUCGAUGAUCCUGAUACGAAGAUAAUGAGACCACAACAGGUUUAUACCGGGGUUUGGAUGAGACAUUAUUUGCCACCGAAGGAACGGAUGAUAUCAAACGAGGCAGACAGGCUCAGUCAAGUGUCUGUUUCUAAUGCCACAAGACGAAGGCUGGCUGGCUCCAGGAAUUAAACAGUUGAAAUUUAUGGAUAACGUCACUAAGAGGUAAAAUAAGUGGUUUGAAUAAAUUUAAUAUCUUUGUCUGGUUUUCUGUUUGAGUAUCCUCCACAAAGAUACCGAAGUUUAUAAUGUUUCUGUUACUUAAACUGGACACCAUACACUGUAUUUGUAUUUAGGAACAGCUGUUGCAGUUUGAAAUUCCUAUAGCUGCUUCUGCGGAUCUUUUAAUUGUUUGUUGAUUUCCCAUUUGUUA